AUGGAAGUCUUAGGGUUCUUCAGGCUGGAAGUGAGUGGCCCCAUGGUGACGGUGGCCCUGUCCGUGGUCCUCUUGGCCCUCCUGAAAUGGUACUCCACAUCAGCAUUUUCAAGACUAGAGAAGUUGGGCAUCAGACAUCCCAAACCUUCUCCUUUUAUUGGAAACUUAGCGUUUUUCCACCAGGGUUUCUGGGAAAGCCACAUGGAGCUCAGGAAGCAAUAUGGACCUCUGAGUGGGUACUAUCUUGGUCGUCGGAUGUUUAUUGUUAUCUCUGAGCCAGACAUGAUUGAGCAGGUGUUGGUUGAGAAGUUCAGUAACUUUACCAACAGAAUGGCAACGGGUUUGGAGCCCAAACCAGUGGCGGACAGUGUCCUGUUCUUACGUGACAAAAGAUGGGAAGAGGUCAGAAGUGUCCUGACUACUGCUUUCAGUCCUGAAAAACUGAGUGAGAUGACUCCUUUAAUCAGCCAGGCCUGCGAAGUGCUCCUGGCUCACCUAGGGCGUUACGCACAAUCGGGGGAGGCUUUUGACAUCCAGAGGACCUACUGCUGCUACACCACAGAUGUGGUGGCCAGUGUCGCCUUCGGCACCGAAGUGGACUCCCAGGAGGCUCCUGAGCACCCCUUCGUGGAGCACUGCAGGCGCUUCUUUGCAUCCUCCAUCCCCAAACCUCUCCUGGUUUUACUCUUAUCAUUUCCAUCCAUAAUGGUCCCACUGGCCCGGAUUUUGCCCAAUAAGAACCAAGAUGAACUGAAUGGCUUUUUUAACAAACUCAUUAGGAAUGUGAUUGCCUUGCGGGACCAGCAAGCAGCCGAAGAGAGGCGUAGAGAUUUCCUCCAAAUGGUCCAUGAUGUGCGCCAUUCUGCCGCCACCGUAGGCGUGGAGAAUUUUGAUAUCGUCGGUCAGGUCUUUUCUGCCACCAAAUGCCCAGCGAACCCUUCCCAGCGACACCCACCCAGACCCCUGUCCAAGUCUUUGAGUGUGGAUGAGGUGGUGGGCCAGGCCUUCAUCUUCCUUAUCGCCGGCUACGAGAUCGUCACCAACACUCUCUCUUUCGCCACCUACCUCCUGGCCACCAACCCUGAGUGCCAAGAGAAGCUUCUGGAAGAGGUGGACCAUUUCAGCAAGAAACAUCCGGCCCCUGAGUACCGCAGCCUCCAGGAAGGCCUGCCCUACUUGGACAUGGUGAUUAAAGAGACCUUGAGGAUGUACCCGCCAGCUUUCAGGUUCACGCGGGUGGCAGCACAGGACUGCGAGGUGCUGGGCCAGCGCGUCCCCGCAGGAGCCGUGCUGGAGACAGCCGUGGGCGCCCUGCACUACGACCCCAAACACUGGCCGAACCCCGAGAACUUCGACCCCGAAAGGUUCACGGCCGAGGCGCAGGAGCGACGGCGGCCCUACACGUACCUGCCAUUUGGGGCGGGCCCCCGGAGCUGCCUCGGGGUGCGGCUGGGGCUCCUGGAGCUCAAGCUGACGCUGCUCCACGUCCUGCGCAAGUUCCGGUUCGAAGCCUGUCCCGAGACCCAGGUACCACUGCAGCUAGAAUCCAAAUCUGCCCUAGGUCCAAAAAAUGGCGUCUACAUCAGAAUCGUCUCUCGCUGA